AUGGCUCCCUCACUGCAAGACGCGCAAAUCUCCUUCGUCGGCGGCGGCAACAUGGCGUCGGCCAUCAUUGGCGGGCUGCUCGCCAAGGACAUCGCCAAGCAGCACAUCUACGUGGCCGAGCCGUGGGACGUCAACCGCGACAAGAUGGCCGCGCUGGGCGUGCGCACCACGGCCGACAACGUCGAGGCCUCGCGCGACGCCGAUAUUGUUAUCAUCGCCGUCAAGCCGCAGGUCGCGAAAGUCGCCUGCACCGAGCUCGGUGCUGCCUGGGCGACCCGCGAGCGCCUGCCGCUGGUCAUCAGCAUCGCCGCCGGCAUCACCGUCGCCAGCUACGUCGAGUGGUUCAGCCAGGGCAGCGGCCGCACGCCGCCGAUUGUGCGCGUCAUGCCCAACACGCCGGCGCUGGUCGGCGAGGGCGCGUCGGGAUUGUUCGCCAACGAGGGCGUGUCGGCCGACGAGAAGGAUCUGGCUACGGCCUUGUUGGCCAGCGUCAGCAGAGCCGCCGAGUGGGUGGACAAGGAGUCGCUGCUCGAUGUCGUCACUGGCAUCUCCGGCUCUGGCCCCGCCUACUUCUUCGCCUUUGUCGAGCACCUCAUCACCGCCGGAACCAGCCUGGGUCUCUCCGAAGAGCAGGCCACUCGCCUGGCCAAGCAGACUGCCCUCGGCGCUGGAAAGAUGCUGGUCGAGGCCACCGAAGAUCCCGCCCAGCUGAGGAAGAACGUCACCAGCCCCAACGGCACCACCCACGCCGCGCUGGUGAGCUUCGAGAACGAUGGUCUCAAGGAUAUCGUUGGCCGCGCCGUGAAAGCCGCCACCGACCGCGCCGAAGAGCUUGGCAAGGCGUAG